AUGCAGUUGAAGGCUAAAGAGAAGCCAUUUGACGAUUCAGACAUGGAAAAACAAAAUGCUAUUCCUAAGGAUAAAAAUAUGCCUCGUAAGUCAUCCCGUUCAUUAUCUAUUCUUAUAUUCGUGGUCUAUUUUUUUUGUCUUAAAGUCCUUUCAUAUUCAGUGCACUAUUUGACUACAAUUAGUUCACCUUGCUCUGAUGAAAAUAUUUUUGACGAUAAUGAAGCUUACUUUUUAGAAAAAUUGAAUCAGAAAAAUCUGGCAGGAAAUUGGUCACAAGUGUACACGUCAAUACCACACUUGGCAGGUCAAGGCGAGGUACUUGUUAAUUUUACUAUCUCUAAAUUCGAAGAAUAUGGACUAAAAGUAGAAAAAGAAUCCUAUGAUGUGUUAUUAAACUACCCAGUAGAUAAUGGUUUAAAACUAGUGUAUGAUGAGAAAGUCGUUACUUUCGAAGCUACAUUAAAAGAAGAUGAAUUGGCUGAUGAUCCUACAACAAAUGGUGACGAUUUAGUACAAUCAUUUCACGGAUAUAGUGCUUCAGGUAAUGUUACUGCUCAAUAUGUUUAUGCUAAUUAUGGUACGAAGGAGGAUUUCGAAAUGCUAAAUAAAUUAAAGGUCGAUAUCAAGGAUAAAAUUGUUAUAGUAAGAUAUGGUAGAAUCUUCAGAGGCCUAAAAGUAAAAUUUGCUCAGGAGAAUGGCGCAUCUGGUGUUUUGAUCUAUUCUGACCCUGGGGACGAUUUUUACCAAGAAAAGGAUGGUUAUAAAGCCUACCCAGAAGGUCCUGCCAGAAAUCCAUCUUCUGUUCAAAGAGGAUCAGUACAAUUUUUAUCACAAAUGCCUGGUGAUCCAACAACUCCUGGCUAUGCUUCAAUUCCUGGUGUCAAUCGUAAGGAUCCUUAUAAUUCAAUUCCUAAGAUUCCAAGUUUACCUGUUUCAUUUAAAGAGAUAGAACCAAUAUUAAAGAAGUUAAAUGGCUUUGGUGUAAAUGCAAAGGACAUCAAGGGGGAAAACUGGGUUGGAGGUUUGUCUGAGUUUAAAUACUUUACUGGUCCAAACCCUGAAUAUACACUAAACUUAUACAACAAACAAUCUUAUGAUAUAAGAAGUAUCACUAAUGUAUACGGUAAAUUAGAAGGUGUCUUAAAAGAUAAAUAUAUUAUUGUAGGUAAUCACCGUGAUGCAUGGAUUAAAGGUGGAGCCUCUGACCCAAAUAGUGGGACCGCAAGUAUGUUAGAAACGAUCCGUGGCCUUAAAUCUUUAACGAAGGCAGGAUGGAAGCCAGAAAGGACAAUAAUCUUUGCAUCUUGGGACGGAGAGGAAUAUGCAUUAUUAGGAUCAACAGAAUAUGGAGAGAAUCACGGAAAAGAAUUAAUGAAAAACUGCCUUGCGUAUAUCAAUGUAGACGUUAGUGUAGGUGGUACUAAUCUUCAAGUGAGCGCUUCUCCAAGCUUGAAUAAAGUGCUAGAUUCUUCAAUGGCUCGAGUUGAUUAUCCAGGUGCUGAUAAAAAAACGUCGCUGUUUGAGCAUUUUUAUGAUACACCUGAUAAGAAGAUUGGAAUAUUAGGAAGUGGAUCUGAUUAUACUGUGUUUUUAGAACAUUUGGGUAUACCGUCAGUUGACUUAGGUUUUGAAAGCGGGGAAAACGAUCCUGUUUACCAUUAUCAUUCCAAUUAUGAUUCUUAUCACUGGAUGAGCGAGGUUAUGGAUCCAGGAUUUAAGUACCAUAAAAGUAUCGCCCAAUUUUUGGGGGUAAUUAUUCUAAAACUAUCUGACCAAAGAGUUAUUCAAUUUGGUAUACAUGAUUAUGCUGUUGAAUUGUCUGGAUAUUUUACGAAUCUUGUUGAGAAAAUUCCAAAGCAUUGGUUAUCCAAGCCACUUAACAAAAGACAACGCUGUCAUGCUAAAGGAAACGCUGAAGAUGAGAUGACUGUACAUGAUUUAGUGUUAAAAGCAGUGGAUAAUUUAUCAUCUUUAAUAGCCAACUGCUAUGAGUUUGACUUGUACGCGGAAGAUCUGAAUCAACAGUGGAAACAGGCAAAGAGACUACCAAUUUGGAAGAGAGUUUUGUUAGCAUUGAGAAUUGAAAAAGUGAACCUUAAAUAUUACUAUUGGGAGAGACUAUUUAUUGUCAAGGAAGGUUUAAACAACAGACCUUGGUUUAGACAUCUUGUAUUUGCCUCUGGUAGAGAUACUGGAUAUGAAGGGUUCGCCUUACCAGGAAUGAAAGAGGCACUUGAUGACAAAGAUUUUUCUGAAUUCUCUAAAUGGUUACAGAUCACGGCUAAGAAAAUUGAACUUCUGAAUAAACAUUAA